CGUAAUAUGGCAGAAGCACGCCACAAAUGAAAACUUCCCAGUUUAAAGAAAUAUUGUUGCGUAGUAUCUAAAUUUGUAACAAAACAUAUGACAUCAUUUACUUAAACAUUUAAUAUGGAUGUCGAUAAUGAACUUGACGGGAAUCUUUUAAGACAGUUUAGUUCUCUAGGAACUACUGAUAAAGAAGUUUUGAUCUCAGAAUUUCAAAAACUCCUUGGUCCUAACCAACUUUCACCAGAAGGAUGUGGAUUUUUUCUUGAUAUGAAUAACUGGAAUUUGCAAGCUGCUGUUUGUGCAUAUUAUGACUUUGAUCAACCAAGUUUAACCAAUAUUAGACUGCCUGUGAUGUGUUUUGUAAAGGAUGUGACUAUUGGGGAAGGUGAAGCUGUACCUCCUAGUACAAAGUUUAUUAAAACCUGGAGAAUAAAAAAUAUUGGUGAAGAUGCCUGGCCACCAGGUUGUAACUUGAGAUACUGUUGUGGUGAUAACCUCAGUAACACAGAUCGUGCCAUUGUUAAUAUGUUAGUACCAGGACAAGAGGCUGAUGUUAGUGUAGAAAUGGAAAGUCCUGCUGCCACAGGUGUUUUCCAGAGUCAGUGGAGAAUGUCUACACCAACAGGCUUAUUUUUUGGUGAAGUGAUAUGGGUGAUUAUAACUGUGGAUGAAGGAGGACUUUUAGGUGUAACACAACAAUUAUCUAGUUUUGGAAAAUCAGACUUUGUACAUAGUAACAUUCCACAAAAUUUACCAAAUCCAUUUGCUUCUCCUAUCAAAUUAGACCUUACUACAUCAUCACCAUUAAUAUCACCGAACUCAUCUAUCAUAGCACAGCAUGGUAGUCCAUUGAUGUCACAGCCUAGUCCUACAGUGCCAACUUCAUCACCUGUUCCAGUUAGAGCAUUAUUUAAUAAUUUUGUAGAAAGUGAAAACCACAGAGAAGACAACAAAGAUUCAGAUAUGUCAUAGCAUACAAUAAUUAUAUACAACAUUAAUAUACAAGGUUAUGUCUUAACCAGAAAGAUCAGAUUUUUUGUGGCAUAUUUGUUAUCAUUGUGUCAUAUACUGUAUUUAUAUGCAUUUUCAUAUCUUAACCAGAAAGAAAAAAGGAUCCUUUUGAUCCCAAAUUUUGUUCUUUUGCUAAUAAAUCAAUAAAUCUGUACAAAAAAGUAAUUGAAAUGUAAAUGCUAUUACUUUUUUAAAACUCUUUAAAGUAUAAUUGUCAAGGUCAAUAUGAACACAUAAAGGUCGAGAUAUAGCAACAAGGCUGACUUUUGUUCUAUAGACAGUGAAUUUGAUGAGAAAUUAUCAAUAUCAGGAUUCCCAUUCUACCUUGAAAACUUGAUAAAACCCAGAUUUUUAUUAUUUUGAAUAUCCAGAUCUGGCAAUUCCCUUAAAAUUCAUGAAAGUGACAAAAAUCUUGGAAUUUCUAAUAUUUGGUAGGGAGUGAUAAAAAAACAAGUUUUAUCCCUUUUGGAAUUCUACAUUUUAUUCAGUAUUCAUGGUAAAGUCUUUGAAAAGUUUUAAGAUAUCAUAUUUUUUGCCUUAGAUUAAGGCAGUUACUGAUCAUGACUUUAAUAUAUGAAAUGUUUUUUAGAAAGGCUAUAUGUUUGAAACUUCCUAAUGAGAACUAUCUGCUUUGUUUCUAUCCUUGAAUAUAGGUGAAUAUCCAAGAGAAAUGCUGGAAACAUUUUCUUGAAAUUUUUGUUACAAAGAGAAACUGCUAUCUGUACCCUUGACAACCAUCAAGGUGUCUAGAUAUAAUGUUGAUAGACCAAAGGCCUUUCUUGGAUAUUAAUAUCUUUAGUUGUCCGUUCUAUAAAUAUUCUUUGGCAGGUCAUAUGCAGCAUUUUUCAGAAAAUUUAUGAUUUUGUGACAUCCCAACAGGUCUGAGUGCUUCUUUGAACACCUUAAACCUUUCUAUAUUUGUAAAAUGUUGGGGUCAAAUAAGCCCUUUAAUGACCCUCUCCUUUUGUUAAAAUUGAAAGGCAUUGCUGCUGGAAUGAAAAACUAUCAUGACUUCCAACUCAAAAUACAUAAAAUGUAGGGAGGAAAAUGAGAAUACAACAUCAAAAUCCUCUCAACGUUUAACUCUCCUGAGAAAGAAAAUACACAUACAAUAAAGAACAUCGGCCAUCAUAUAUAUUCCAGGAGUCCAAAAUUUAUAAAACCUAAAAAGUUUAAAUUUGAAAACCUACAAAUUUAUUAAAAAAAAUAUCACACAUACUUCCAUACAUAUAUAUUUUUAUCGUAAUUGUAUUGAAGAUAUUAUUUCUUUUAGUUUAAUCAUAACUAUUUUUUUGUUAUUUAUUAUUCAAUGAAUUCAGCUGUACUGAUGUAUAUUUCAUUGCUUGUUUGUUUAGAAAGGAUUGUAUCCUCAAAUGAUCAUGUUUAUUAUUAUUACUUUGUUAGAAUGUAUUUAAGAGAAUAUGGUUAUCUUUUGAAUAAUCUUCAUUUCAUAAAGAAACAAUCUUGCAGUAAUUACAACUGCAAGGCUCUUUAAACACCCUCUUAGUCAAACCUCACUGAUAUAUUAACCAAUUGUUAGAUGACAUUUCUUAAUGGAUAUAAAACUAGGUUUUGUCCCUUUUCCCCAGCUGUUUUUUUCACUCACAGAAUCAAUAUCAGAAGAUUAAUGAAGCCUAGUGAAAUUUAAAAAUUGAAGAGUCUUAAUGACACAAUAAAGAGAUUUUCCAACAUUUUUACAACUAUCCAUGGGAUUGAAAUGUUUUUGUAGCUCUGCACAUUGCUGUUGUCAGAUGACUGUUUUAUUGAUAAAAUAUAGCAACUUUUAAAUGUUUUGCCUUUGAAUGACAAUUAAAACCAAAUUAAAUUUAUUUGUAUGUGAAAGGCAGUGUGCAGCUAUACAUUCUGUAGAAUUUUGUGUUUGGUUGGUAAUCCUCCUCUUAUUCAUUUUUAACUGGUUUUUCGAAGGAAAAAUCGGUUAUUGAUUUGGGGAUGUAUGGCGGGCUUGCGGACGGUUGCCAAACAGUGUCCGUUCAUUAACAUGAAAACGCUUUGACGAAAUCUUUUCAAAUUAAGAUAUGUUGUUUCCUGUGACUAAAUGAAGGUCAAUUUAUUUUCACGAUUUUAGCAUUUCUCAUUGAGAUUGAAAUCUUAAAUUUGUCAAAAGUACUAAAAUUGUAGUUUUAAGUAGUAUAUAAACAUAUUUUUUUUUUAUGAAACUUUCAUGAUGCAAAAUCAUCAGAACAUGAAAGUAAACAAAAUUUGCAUAGAUUUAGUAAUAGCCACCCUGUUUAUGUUAUAAAUAGAUUUAGUAAUAGCCACCCUGUUUAUGUUAUAAAUUCAAGAGAUAUUAGCCUAACUUCAUUGUUUCUUAAGAUAUGAAUUUAUUAGGUGAAUAAACCUUUCAAUUUGGCUAAAUAAUAAAGAUGCUACCUGAUCAGAAAUUGGCUCAUAUCAUUAACUAAAGACCUACUGUAUAUCAGGUUAAUUGAGAAUCAAGUUUUAUUGCGGUCUUCAAGCAAUAAAUACCUUCUGAUAUUGAUCUUAAGCCUUGCUAUGCUACAAUGUAAUUUAGAAAUGUAGAAAAAAUAAUAAUGCUUUUGCAAAUUAAUCAAUUAUAAUCAUGACUACCGGUAGUUGUUACCUUACUUAUAAUUUAUUGACUAACUAUAAUAAAAUGAAAUCAUAAUUUAUGUUAAUAUUUGUAACUUCUAAAUUACCUGUAAUUGUCUGAAAAAUAAUUUUUUACAUCAUGAGUAGUUGGGCUUGCAGGUAAAGUAUUUUUGUAUUGCCAAAUGCAAGACAUAAGGAAGGUUAUCCAGGGGUGCUGACAGCGUAAACUAUUUGUAUAAUGCUUUAUAUUUCAAAAGGUAGAAACCAGGAUACUUCAGAUCUUAUAUGCAGAUGCCUUAUGUUUGAAGUGUCUGUCUGGCAUAUGUCUGUUGUCCUUGACCACACUUUCAUAGUUUGGCAACUACUUAAAAAAAAUGUCUCAUUUUUAUACGACCGCAAAAAAAAUUUUGUGGUCGUAUAUUGGUAUGACGUUGGCGUCGUCGUCGUCCGAAGACACAUUAGUUUUCGCACUCUAACUUUAGUUUAAGUGAAUGGAUCUCAAUGAAAUUUUACCAUAAGGUUCAAUACCACAAAAGGAAGGUGGGGAUUGAUUUUGGGGGUUAUGGUACCAAUAGUUAAGGAAUUAGGUGCCAAAAAGGGGCCAAAAAUAAGCAUUUUUGUAACUUCCAGACAUAACUUGUGUGUAAGUGUAUGGAUCUCUCUGACAUUGUACCACAAGGUUCCAUAUCACAAAGGGAAUGCUGGGAUUGAUUUUGGGGGUAAUUGCCUCCAAAUUUUAGGAAUUAGGGGCCAAAAAGGGGCAAAAAACAAGCAUUUUUCUUGUUUCAUGACAAUAACUUGUGUGUAAGUGUAUGGAUCUUUAUGAAAUUGUACAACAAGGUUCCAUAUCACAAAGGGAAAGCUGGAAUUGAGUUUGGGGGUAAUUGCCCAAAAAGUUUAGGAAUAAGGGGCCAAAAAGGGGCCAAAAAUAAGCAUUUUUCUAGUUUCCAGACCAUUACUUGUGUUCAAGUGUAUGGAUCUCUCUGAAAUUGUACUGCAAGGUACCACACACACUACAAAGGGAAGGCUGGGAUUGAUUUUGGGGGUAAUUUCCUAAAAAUUUUUAGUAAUUAGGGGCCAUAAAAGGGCAAAAAAACAAGCAUUUUUCUAGUUUCAGGACAAUAACUUGUGUGCAAGUGUAUGGAUCUUUAUGAAAUUGUACUGCAAGGUUCAAUAUCACAAAGGGAAAGCUGGGUUUGAGUUUGGGGGUAAUUGCCUUAAAUGUUUAGGAAUUUGGGGCCAAAAAGGGGCCAAAAAACAAGCAUUUUUCUAGUUUCCAGACAAUAACUUGUGUUCAAGUGUAUGGAUCUCUCUGAAAUUGUACUGCAAGGUACCAUACCACAAAGGGAAGCCUUUGAUUGAGUUUGGGGGAGAUGAAUCAUAAGGGGGUUCAAAAAAUUUAGGGGGGGAUUUUUUUUUCCUUUUUUCUCUUUAAAAUUUUCCAUUUUAAAUUGGUUAUUUCUGAUUUAUAUAUAAAAGCAAAUAAUAAUGAUAUGGUUUGAAUAGGUAAAUUAAAAUUUUUUAAGUUCUUAGACCACUUUCAUUCUGUGUCAGAAACCUAUGCUGUGUCAAAUAUUUAAUUACAAUCCAAAUUCAGUGCUGUAUCAAGCUUGAAUGUUGUGUCCAUACUUGCCCCAACUGUUCAGGGUUCGACCUCUGUGGUCGUAUCAAGCUGCGCCCCAGUGGAGCAUUUUAUUAUCACAUGAUUUUCUUAAUUGUUAUGGAAAAUAGGAUAGUUAUAUUUGGUUUAUAAAAUCAAUGCAAGGUCUACAUGUCUUUCAGACAGGUUUCACCUGACCUUGAUCUCAUUUAUCAACAAUCAGUUUUCUGGUUUCAAACCGUUUGAUCAGUAUCUUAGAUACUAUAAGCUGCAGGUCAACUUUAUUUGGUGUAUGGAAUGAUUAUAAGGUGUACAUUUCCGUCAGGGCUCAUCUGAACUAGACUUCCUUUUCAUGAUGUUAAUUUUACUUAAUGCAUAUAGUGAAAUCUUUAUCGUAAAGACUUUCAAACAUAUAAAAAAAUAAUGAUCAGUAAAGGAGGCAGGACAUUUCACUUUGUACACUAAUGUUUAGUACUUUGAUUUAAUAUUGAAAGUCACACAUCCAAAUUAAAGAUUCAUUUACCUUAUGAAUAUAAAAUUUGAUUGGAUUAAAAUCAAGUUUACAUUAUACAAAAAUGAUUGGGUAAAAUAAACUGUUGUUAAUCUUUGAGGUCAAGGAACGGUAAAAAAAACAUAUAGUUUUAUAAGAAAAAUCUAUGGACUUGAAAUUGGAGAUUUGAAGAUCUUAAGACAAAUUUAAGAAUGUUUUUAGUCGAUUUUAUGUGCUUUCUAUACAAAUAUUCACCUAUCAGUAAUAUUUCAGAAAUUUGCAUUAUUUUUUCGAUUUACAGUUAUAAUUUUCAAAGAUGUAUGCAAAAUUUUUACCAAAAUCUGUGACAUAGCCCAUUUACUGUAACUUUACCUUAAUUCUUAAUUUUUAUGCCCCCGCCGUAGCGGAGGGUGCAUUAAGUUUUACCCAUGUCCAUCUGUACCUACGUACGUACGUCCCAAAAUUGGUUUCCGUUCUCUAACUUUAGUUUGCCUCAACUAAAUGUUAUGAAACUUAUACACAAUGCUUAUUACCACAAAACACAGAUCAAGUUUGAAUUUUGGUGGCGUCACUUUUACCGUUUAAGAGUUAUGCCCCUUUACAAAUGGAAAAAUUUUGCUGAAUUUUUCGUUUCCGUUCUCUAACUUUAGUUUGCCUCAACCAAAUGUUAUGAAACUUAUACGCAAUGCUCAUUACCACAAAACACAGAUCAAGUUUGGAUUUUAGUGGUGUCACUUUUACCGUUCUAGAGUUAUGCCCCUGUACAAAUGGAAAAAUUGCUGAAUUUUUCAUUUCCGUUCUCUAAUUUUAGUUUGCCUCAUCCAAAUGUUAUGAAACUUAUACACAAUGCUUAUUACCACAAAACACAGAUCAAGUUUGAAUUUUGGUGGCGUCACUUUAACCGUUCUAGAGUUAUGCACCUUUAGAAAUGGAAAAAUUGCUAAAUUUUUAUUUUCUUCGAAAUUUCACGUAAUUUUUAAAUUUGGAGUUAUCUUCCUUUGUCCAUGAUUAUAGUUGAAUCAACUACAAUCAAUGCUUUAUACAAUGCAAUGUUUAAUUUUGACUUCCACUGAUAAAACACUGAUCAAGUUGAAUUUGGGUAGUGUCACUUUAACCAUUAUUAAGUUAUGCCCCUUUAUAAAUCGAAAGAUUGCAAAAUUUUUAGUUUCCAUUCUGUAACUUAAGUUUAAAUUUGGUGGCAACACUUUUACCAUUCUUGAGUAAUGUCCCUUUAUAAACAUAAAAAUUGCUGAAUUUUUCGUUUCCGUUCUCUAACUUUUGUUUGUCUCAACCAAAUGUUAUAAAACUUAUACACAACCAUUCUUGAGUUAUGCGUGUUUACAAAUAAAAAUUGCUGAAUUUUUAGUUUCUGUUCUCUACUUAGUUAGCCUCAACCAAAUGUUAUGAGACUUACACACAAUGCUUAUUACCACAAAAAUCAGAUCAAGUUCAAAUUUGGGUAGCAUCAAUUUUACCGUUCUUCAGUUAUGUCCCUUUAUAACUAUAUGAUAUGCAAGCGGGGGCAUCAUCUGUGUCCACAUGUGGACACUAUCCACAUUUAUUUUUUAAUUCAACUUAUAAUAAACCAAUGCAGUAUAACUGUAUAGGUCUUAUAUUGUAGUCUUACUUUAUAUAAUCUGUUGUUUGCUGGACAUUGUUAUCAUUUAACAUUUUGUUAUUGUAAGAAAACAUUGUUACUGUAUGGGAGGGACGUGAGAGGUGUCAUGAGAGGACUAUUUUUAGUUUAUAUAAUGCAGGCAGAAUCAUUUUUGAUACUGUUGAUUUAUUAAUAUUCAACUAAUUUCUCUAUGUUCUUUUUUACAGCAAGACUUGAAUUUAAAUACGAAAUGAAAUGCACAAAUAAUGAAAUGUUUAAAAACUCAGUAUGACAGAAAAAGACUACCUUGCAGGUUUAUUUCACUAUUUUACCUUAAUUUAUCACCUUUUCAAAGGUCUGAAUAAUGCCUUGAUGAAUAAGUUUUAGCUUUUGCUUCUUUAUACAAUUUGACUGACAUCUUUCCAGAAAUUUUACAGAAUUUUUGGUAAAAAUGGUGCUUAUUUUAGUGUUACAUCACAGAAUACACCUCCUGUGGGAAUAUUUGAGUGUUAUAUCACAGAAUACACCUCCUGUGGGAAUAUUUUAGUGUUAUAUCACAGAAUACACCUCCUGUGGGAAUAUUUUAGUGUUAUAUCACAGAAUACACCUCCUGUGGGAACAUUUUUUUGACAGAGGGUUGUGUUCCUUAUUAUUUCUUAACAUUUGUGAGAGUGAAACUGUCAUAUUUUUAUGUAAUAACAAGAUGCAUAGAUUUACCAUUUAAAUUGUUAAUGGGAGACAUUUUGAAAUGCUUCCUGCAUAUGAACUAGCAUUUUAUUCACAUAUAGUGAAUUAUUUUUUCGUGAAAAAAAAAUCUGAUAUAUUUUUUAUUUGUCAAAUUUUUAUCACUGUCUGCAAGCAAUCUUUCAUGUGUUACUUAUAUUUUAACAUUUUACAGGAAAACACAUUCUAUUACAUUUUCAUGAUCAGAAAAAAUUAUGUUUGUUAUUCAAAUAUUCAAAGAUUUUAUUGUUUAAAUCAAUAAUAUUUAAACAAAGGGAUUUGAUAAAGGCCCAGCCUGUAUAUGUUCUUUCCCUUACAGGAUAGAUAGAAUAAUAAUUGUUUUGUACAUACAACAUUAAUUCAUACAUCAUUUUGUUUAACAGUGAGUUGGAAGGGGGGAGGCAAUCCUCCCUUGUCUAUCAAUUAUUUAGAUUUUACUUUAUAAAUAGUUAGUGUAACCUCAGUCGUUACAUUGGUGAGUAUAAUACUCUCAGAAACAUCAUAUGAUGUUGUUUAAAA